AAAGAUGCAGAAAUGGAUCAAGGGUCGUAUGGGAAGAUACAAAGUUUACGAACUUGAUCAUUCCCUGGAUGCCAAAACAAUCGAGCCUCCCAAGAAGGGAUCCGAUAGAUACAAAGCAGGAAACAGUUGGUUUGGAAAACAAAGUUCAAAGAUUGUUUACAAAAUUGAUAAAGUCAAGUUUACUCUUCAAACGAAGUACGAAAAGGCACUGAACGUUGCUAAGAAAGUCAAAGAAGGUGUAGGUGUAGCUUUGUCUUUCAUCCAAACAGCUUACAACAUCUACCUGCUGUACAAACAAUUCACAAAGUGCGAAGAAGCUUUCAAAGAAGCGGAAAAAGCAGUCACAGAGCUACGAAAAGCAAAAGACGAAAUGAAUAGAAUUUAUGAAGAAGUUGUUGAAGCUAAGACUAAUAUGGAAAAGGCAAGAGACACCCUCAACGAACAAUUGACGUCAGAAAUAUUCUUGUCAGACCUGACAGAAUUAAAGGAAACCAUUAGCAAGCUUACAGGAGAWGGAACUGAUGCGGAUUUGCAGAAUGUAAUUAUCGCUUCAAUAGAUCGAUAUAUCAAUGGAAUCAAGGACAAAGAUCCAGAGUUUGUCGAGACUGUUAAGUUAAUCUCGAAACUCUAUGAGGGAUUGGGUCAACUAUCRACUUAUUUUGAUUGUUACUCUGCCAAGGCAAACGUUGUAAGGUACGUUGUGGAGAGUUGCCAGGAAGGACAAGGCUCCUUUGCUACAUUGAAGACAAGUGCUUUUAAUCGUUAUGAAGACCAGAACGAAUUGUGCAAUCAAAAGAUAGGGAUUGCGCCAUUUUCUGACGACACCUUACAAAAUGCAAUUGACCAGAGAUCUCAGGAAUUUGGCUUCAACAGAAUUUGUGAAGCCAACGACGAAUUUGAAAGAGAGAAAGUCUGCGAUAGAUAUUGUAGUGGUAGAAAUAAAGAAGAUUUGGGGCAUGCACCAGAAGUUAUCGAGGAAUUUAUGAAGGGCUGUACAUGUGAGAUACAAGGACGUAUUAAAGCUAUGGCAUGUAGGCUACUGAAGAAAAAAUCCCCCCAGCAAGUUUUCGAGGAGUUGUUUGUAGACCUAGGCCUUGACGACCGAUACUCUUUACAACAACUCGAACAGCUUGAUUGCAGCAGCGAAUCAUAGAAUGGCAGAACACUGGUCAGGUGGCACAACACGGGCACAACAGAGAAGCAUAGAGCAUGGCUAGUUAUCAGAUAUAACAUGUUUUAAUAAGACAAAAAAUAAACAGAGAAUAAAAACUAUUUU